UUGUCGAGGUGGGCGCUACUGGUCAUGGUACACAGAUUAUGGGGAUUCAAUCUAUCAUGUUUUAUUCUUCUCCCCUCUCUCUGAGUCACAGACGACUAUCGAGGCUCCUCGUCGUCCCCUUUAAGUUAUUGCCAUUCCGGUUUAAGCUAUUGCUAUUGACCUUUGAGUUAUUGUCAUUCCCGUUUAAGUUUGUCUCAUUCGCUCUUUUGAAGAAUCUGAAAGGGCAAUGAUCAGCGAUUCCGGAUGUUGCUCCUACACUUGUCGGACAAAUCACUUCAUGAGAAGAGAUUGAAUGUGAAAGGGGUAGUCCGCUUUUUUGUCUAGAAGUAAGGCCGUUGUGCUUCAGGAUUCUCGCAGGGUAAUUAAAUGUUCGUAUGGCGAGGAAUAGAGACCCAGGUCCCAAAAAAAAAAAAAAAAAGCCAGGGUGGGGCGCGUGAAUGAAUGAAAAAGAUCAUUAUAAUUUUAAGGAGAAUGAAGAUCCUAUAUGAAAGGGGUGCUGCGUUGUAGCCUAGGAGCAAGAGGGGAGAAGAGGGAAGGACACUUUUAUAGAGAUGUGGGCCCGUUUCUUUUCCAGUGGUGCGGUGAUGUUAAGGCUCAAUGCAAUUCAUUUCCAGCGGUCAUUUUCUUCUGUUUCCUUCAUCUCAGGACCAUUCUGAAGAAAUGAAGAAGAAGGAGCACAGAAAGCAAAGCACUAAUUAAUUGAAGAGAUGUGUCCUAGGAUUCUGAAGAAACGCAGGGACAAGGAAGCGAGUCGCUCUGGGCUCUAAUCAAGGUCAUGGGACACAGUGGGAAAUGGGAAUCCUCCACAAUACUCGAGCAGUAUGAUAAGACAACCUUAAGGCCGCAAGAUUGUUUUUGAGGUUGAAAGUUAACCGUAAGUACAGACUGCUUUUGAGGUUAAGUUUCAUUAUUAAGACCUAAAAAGUCAGUGUAGACUUUUGAGUGAGAUUUUUUACUACAGUAGUCAUUGUAUUGUACUUGAUAAUUUGAAGAGCUUGCUCCUGCUAAUAUAAAUUCCGCAAGUAGUUUCACUAACAAUGAUGUUGAGAUCAGAUUAUACCUUCGUCUCCGCUUUGUCAAAUCUUCUUGCUGAGUACAGCGACAGCAGACAAGAACUGUGUUUGCAUGCUAGAAAUGAUCUCGACAUGACAUCACUCGGCGUCGUAGCUCUCCGUAGAUAGUAGGGCACCCAAAAAGUCUAUGUCGAAAGAGCUUCCAUUUAGUCAGGGCCGCUCUAAUUAUUGACAUUCGUCCCUUCCUGGAUGACGAGGGGCCUUGGGAGUUCUGUAUCGAUGUGCAAUAUCUUAAGGCUAGACCACACUCACUAGUAGUAUCUGGAGUCGUGACGUUAGAAUUAUUAGGGACAUUCUUCAUAAUCCUGAAUCAUGUUGAAUUGCUCAAGUGGAAAGGAAGUACCCACAAUUAUAGUCAACUUCAACCACAGAUAUUAAUCAAUCAUAGAAGUCGUGAGUGCUCAUGAUGUCUAGCGUUAAAUAUCCCUGGGUUAGGCCGAACAAUCCCAAAAUGACAUCUGGCCCGAUGCGCGUCCUUCGGCUCUAUGUCGAUGGCCAUCAAGUAGAGGCAAAAAAAACCAAAGGCAACACGGAACCAUAU